AUGUUUCUUUAUUCUGCUGGAAUAUCCUUGAUCAGGGCUGCUGCUUCAGCUCUUGGCAGGUUCACAUUGGAGCCGAGGUCCUUCUCUUCAUGCCUAGGGCCUGGAGACGGUCACCACCACCUUCCCAUUGAAAGCCAGCUGCUCCCUGGGAACAACUUCACCAACGAGUGCAACAUUCCGGGCAACUUCAUGUGCGGCAAUGGGCGGUGCAUCCCCGGGGCCUGGCAGUGUGAUGGGCUGCCCGACUGCUUCGACAAGAGUGACGAGAAGGAGUGCCCCAAGGCUAAGUCCAAAUGCGGCCCGACGUUCUUCCCUUGCGCCAGCGGCGUUCACUGCAUCAUCGGCCGCUUCCAGUGCAAUGGGUUCGAGGACUGUCCCGACGGCAGCGACGAGGAGAACUGCACGGCCAACCCUCUGCUUUGCUCCACUGCCCGCUACCACUGCAAGAACGGCCUCUGCAUUGACAAGAGCUUCAUCUGCGAUGGGCAAAAUAACUGUCAAGACAACAGUGACGAGGAGAGCUGUGAAAGCUCGCAAGAGCCAGGCAGCGGGCAGGUGUUCGUGACGUCGGAGAACCAGCUCGUGUACUACCCCAGCAUCACCUACGCCAUCAUCGGCAGCUCCGUCAUCUUCGUGCUGGUGGUGGCGCUGCUGGCCCUGGUCCUGCACCACCAGCGGAAGCGGAACAACCUCAUGACGCUGCCGGUGCACCGGCUGCAGCACCCCCUGCUUCUCUCCCGCCUGGUGGUCCUGGAUCACCCGCACCACUGCAGCGUCACCUACAACGUCAACAACGGCAUCCAGUAUGUGGCCAGCCAGGCUGAGCAGAAUGCGUCGGAAGUGGGCUCCCCGCCCUCCUACUCAGAGGCCCUCCUGGACCAAAGACCCGCAUGGUACGACCUUCCUCCGCCGCCCUACUCGUCCGACACCGAGUCUCUGAACCAAGCCGACCUGCCCCCCUACCGCUCACGCUCCGGGAGCGCCGACAGCACCGGCUCCCAGGCGGCCAGCAGCCUGCUGAGCACCGAAGACAGCGGCCAGGGCCCGGGCCAGGCUGGCUCCCCUCCUCCGGAGAGUGUCACGGGGCCCAGAGACUCCGUGCCCAGCCAGGACACCGCAGAAGUCUAAAUCCGGCGCUUCCAAAGUCCAUAUGGGUUCAUCUGCUCUGACUUGUUACCAUCCUGACAACGUCCUCUCGUGGGAAGCUCCUCAGGGUGCCUCAAGGAGGGAUUUGGGGUGUCAGCUGUCUCUCCGUUCCCCUUCCUACCCCCCCCCCCCCCGCCCCAGAUUUCAGGGAUGUUCUUGCAAGGGAGACCCGACAUUUUUCUGGGCUCUUGGGUGACCUGAUGUAUUGUGCGUCUUGUCCGAGAGGUCACUUGGUCUUCAGGGCCUGGGAUCAUGACCUCACUUGUCCUGUCCUUCUUCUGUGACUGUGGCCUCUUGCUGGAUAGGCAGCCUGAGUUUGCAGGCAGCAGGCUAAGGCAGUAUCUGAGGAGUCCUCGAGAACGCAGCGUUUCUGGGCCACAUGGGAUGUUCAGAAGGGCAGGAGACACCAGACCAGGUCCUCUGGGGGCUGCUACCUUACAGCUCCAGUGGAGGUGGGGGGUGGGUGAUCCUCCAGGAGGCCGGCGUGGACGGCCACCCCGGAAAGAAUCCAGGGGAGCAGCAAAUCCCGCUCGCUGUCUCGUGCACGCCGUUCUGAGUCCAGCGGAGCAGCGGCCAAAAAGAGGAGACGUGGGCCAAGAGAUACACCCUUCAGCCAUCAGCAGGGCCCUAUGGGUUCUCUGAAUGACUCUGAAACCAUCUACUCUGAAGAGACCCAGGCUUUAAAAACUGGCCCGAGAACCCGCGUAUUGAGGGUUUUCUCUGGCAGCGUCUGUCCUCGGCCUCGCCCCAGAAUAGGCAGGGGGAUCCUGCCGUGUGUUCAUCCGGGGUCUCAGCUCCUAAAUUGUAGGUUCUCGAGAGCCUGCGCCUGCUUUGGUCCACAGUCCUUCCCUGGCUGUUGGACUGUUCCCCCUCCAGCCGUGACCUGCCCAGAGCCAAGGAAGGAGGACCCAGACUUGUAUUGGCCAAAAAUCUGACCUGGCCUCUGUCCCUGGAAACCACACGCAGCCUAUCUUGCCCCUUCACGCAGCUUUCUACCCCGGCUUCCCAGGUUACCUUAAGCCCCAGAAGUCGUUCUACCUGUGCAUUUGGACUUGAGGACACUGGUUGCUGACACUCACGAGAACCAUAUUCAGUACCUCCAGCCAGAGCUCCUGGCUCCGUGUGCUGCACACACGUCCUUUCCGAGG